AUGGCCGAUAGAAGAAAUCCACCUGUCGACGCAGAUGAUUUCGUCGAAGCCUUCGCAAGAAGGAUGGAGGCAAAUCAAGUCGGUGGGAGGCUAGGACGACUAGUAACACACAUAAGGAGUCUAGGAGCAACGAAAUUUACUGGAGGGAAACCUCACGAGGCUGAAGAAUGGAUUUACAAUCUGGAAAUCCACUUUGAAAUGAUGGAUUGUACCCAAGUAGAGCUACAAAGAGUGGCUACUUGUCUUUUAGAAGGAGAUGCUCGUUUCUGGUGGGACACAGUCAAACGUGUCACACUCCCUGCAACAAUGGAACUCAUGGAAUGGGCUGUCUUCAAAGAGAAAUUUCUGGAAAAAUAUUUUCCACAAGUUGAGAGAGACAAGAAAGAAUUAGAGUUUAUUCAACUUACCCAAGGAAAGAUGACUGUGAUUGAGUACGAGACCAAGUUCACUAAACUUUCUCGUUUUGCUCCACACAUGGUAGAUACCGACGAUAAAAAGGCAAGACGAUUCAUUGGAGGACUGAAUUCCAAUAUUCGAAGAAUGGUCACUCAACGUGGAAUCACGUACGAGGAAGCUGUGGACAAGGCCCUAACUCAAGAGGAAGAAAAUCAAAAAUACCGCAUAGAGAAGGAGCGAGAGAAUGGCUUCCGAGGAAAGAGAAGUCAUCCAAUGUCUAACCAGAAAAGCGGACAACCAUGGAAGCAGCAAAAAGGGAGGGACUCAUUUCGGAAGCCGACAUCAUCAACUGAAAAGGGAAAGGAAGUGGCAAGAGGGCCAAUUCAGUGUUACAACUGUGGGGAAACGGGACACAUGUCUAAUGCUUGUCCAAAGCGACGUCGCAUUCCAGGAUCUUGUUUCAAUUGUGGGAAGGUGGGACAUUUCUCAAAUCAGUGCGAUGCACCAAGGCAAAAAAAUAACCCACCACCUCGUCCUGUCCAGCUAAAUGCCAUAGCUCGUGAGAACAUCGUGAUGGAAGGUACGCUAAUAGCAUAUAGUACUCAUGCUCAUAUACUAUUUGAUACUGGCGCAUCCGAUUCGCUUAUAUCUGCUACAUUUGUCACAACCUUGGGACUGACACCAACUGAGCAUGAUGAAAUUUUAACAGUCUCAACACCAUUAGAAAAAUCUACCACUUUAACCAAAGUGUGCAAAUCAUGUCCUAUACAUGUUCUAGAUACAGAAUUUCCCAUGGACCUCAUAGUCAUAAAUUUGAGGCGAUUUGACAUAAUUCUAGGAUUUGAUUGGCUAAGCAAAUAUCAUGCCUUUAUAGGCUGUCGUGAGAAAACCAUCACCUUCACUAUUCCUGGCCAACCCAUUCGAAAAAUUCAGUACCAAAUCUCUAUGGUAAACCCAUUUAAAGACGUUUUCCAAGAAAUCACUCAUUUACCUCCAAGCCGAGAUAUUGAAUUCAGCAUUGACCUUAUACCUGAAGCCAGACCAAUUUCUGUUACUCCCUAUAGAAUGGCACCAAAAGAAUUAAAAGAGUUGCAGACGCAAAUCAAGGGAUUGCUCGAUAUGGGAUUUAUCCGGCCUAGUGCUUCUAGUUGGGGAGCACCUGUUUUGUUCGUGAAGAAGAAAGACGGAUCUCUCCAACUAUGCAUCGACUAUCGGCAACUAAACAAGGUGACUAUCAAAAAUAAGUAUCCAUUGCCGCGAAUCGAUGAUUUGUUUGAUCAACUACGAGGAGCUCGAAUAUUUUCAAAGAUCGACUUGCGCUCUGGGUACCAUCAACUUCUGGUCAAGGAGGAUGAUAUCCAUAAAACCGCCUUUAACACACGGUAUGGACAUUAUGAGUGGUUGGUGAUGUCCUUUGAUUAA